AUGUCUGCUCAAGCUUCUCACCCUACGCUUUUGAUUCCAGGGCCAAUUGAAUUCGAUGACGCGGUUCUAGGAUCUAUGGCUCACCCAAGGUACGUUUUUCACUAUUUUCAAUUCCCAAGUGCCUUGUUGGCUUAUCAAACGACCCUAAUAGCUGGUGGAUUUAGUGAGAGCCACGUCGGGCCUGCCUUUGUCAAUGCUUUCGGAGAAACCUUGUCAAUGUUGAGGAAGCUCUUCAUUACUACGGAUCCGAAGUCACAGCCAUUUGUAAUUUCUGGCUCGGGAACUCUGGGUUGGGAUUUCGUAGCUGCAAACUUGGUAGAAAAGUGUGAUGAGGUUUUGGUUCUGCAUUCUGGUAUAUGGCAUCCCGGCCGCAGUGGUAUGGGCCUUUUUUUAUUUUUAUUUUAACGCAAGCAUUACUAGGCUACUUCGCCGACUCGUUCGCCACAUGCCUUAGUGUAUACGGAGCUGUUCCUACACAACUGAAUGCUCCCAUCGGUUCCCGGCCAUCUCUCGACGAGAUUGGAGCAGAAUUGAAGCGAAAAUCUUACAAGGCCAUCACAAUCACUCACACCGAUACUUCCACUGGCGUGCUUUCGGAUGUCAAGGCUGUCUCUGAAUUGGUGCAUAAAGUAUCUCCGGAUACUCUAGUUGUAGUUGAUGGCGUUUGCUCUGUUGGCUGCGAGGAGAUCCGCUUUGACGGUUGGGGAAUCGAUGUGGUUCUCACGGCGUCUCAGAAAGCCAUUGGGGUUCCUGCAGGAUUAUGUAUACUGAUGGUGAGCGGAAGGGGGAUUGACAGGUUCAAGGCUCGUAGGACUCCACCGCCAGCAUACUUUGCAUCGUUUGCAAACUGGCUCCCAAGUAUGUUGCCUUUGUCUGGAUCGCCCCCCCAAAGUAUUGAAACUGACAAAUCGUGGAGUUAUGCAAAAUUAUGAAGCUAAGAAGCCCUCGUACUUUGCCACCCCCUCGCCGCAAUUGGUUCGCGCUCUACACACUUCGCUCAGUCAGAUUCUCUCUGUCCCCCUAGACUACCGAUUCCAGAAGCACAAGGAAGCUAGCCAGAAGGUCAAGAAAGCUGUUACCGAGUUAGGUUUAAGGCAGUUGGCAGACAAGCCUGAAUGCCAGGCAAAUGGGAUGACUGCUAUCUACCUCCCAGAGGGUGUUGCCGCUCCAGAUCUUCUCCCAAAACUCAUGGCCAGAGGCGUUGUUUUCGCUGGUGGAUUGCAUAAAGAAAUGGGUAAGAUCCAAGCCUCACUGAAGGGAAAUAAGACUAACAAUGAUUUAAAGCCACCAAAUACUUUAGAUUUGGACAUAUGGGCGUUAGUGUUACGAAUAGUGACUUGGGGCACAUUGAGAAGGCAAUUGAGGCGCUCAAGAGCAGUUUGGCGGAGGUUGGUUAUAGACAAUAGAGUAGGUGUACAUAGACAAAAUUUCGUAUGAGGGCUUCGAAAUGCAGCAUCUCGGUAUAUACUCCGUAAGCUAG